GUAAAAAAUGAUAAAUAGGAGGAAGAUCAUCAUCUUUGGAGGAGCUGUUGUUUUAUUUAUUUUAAUGACCACGUUUUUGUAUUAUUCCGUAUUUUCCACACCACAUAAAUACGAAACAUAUCAACUUGAAAAACGAAACCAAACUAAACAUAAUAGUUCGGAGAAGGAUCUUUUCAUCAUCAAUUUACCAAAAGAUGUCAAUUUAGUACCUGUCAAACCUGUAGGCCAAAUCACUUUCAACACCAUGCAAAAUAUGCAAAAUAGUCAAUGUAGUGCAACACGUGGAAAUUUGAAUCCUCCGAGAAGUUUCAUUACGAAACCAGAAAAUAGUCCAUGGCCAAACUUCUCACCUUCAACAUUUUCCAUAGAAACUGAUUUUAUUCAGUGGAAAAAUAAUAAUUCUGAUUAUUGGAAUCGUAUUUCUCGUGGAUUGGAUGGAGAAGCAUUAAAUAGUGAAAAAUUAAAGAUGAACGAAAUGGGAUUGACAUUGAAUUUACAUUUGAAACCAAAGGAAGGGCAUUUACCCAUCUGGCUAAAAACAUUCAAGAGAAGAACUCCUCUUGAUAUUGUUCUGGAUGCAGUAUGUAGAAUUGAUGACAUUUCACACACGAUUUUAUAUGUUACCAUUGAUGGUGGAGAUUUUGAUCAAGUGGUAGAGGAAUUAAUCAAAGUCAAGUGUGUGAAAGUUAAAAUUUAUUUCCAUCCAAUUCUUAGUGAUUUGAGAAAUUUAGGUUUAGACAAGAGAAAUUUAGAUACUGGAUUGGUUUUAAAUUCUCAUUAUGUGUAUGGAUUGUAUUUGCUGACUCACAAAUUGGAUUAUCCCUAUGUUAUUACAUUGGAGGACGAUUUGGAACCAACUCCUGAUUUUUAUAGAUUCCACUAUAGUUUAUAUCAUUUUGUGUUUGGGAAACAAGCAUCUUAUUACAAUAGUAAGAAAAUAUUUGCAAUUGGUGCAUUUUCUCAUGGUCCAAUUGUUGAUUGCAUUUCAUUGGCUGCCAAAUUAUCAAACGAUGAAACACAUAAAUGUGGAAAUAAGGCAGUCCAUCAACUUGUGGAAGAAGAUUAUUUCCCUGGAUGGGGCAGUGGUAUUCCAAAGGAAAGCUUUUUAGAAUAUUGGGGUGAUUGGAAGAGUAAUAGACAUAUUUAUGAUUAUGGAAUGAGUAUGCUUAGAUCUGGAGAAAAUCGAUACACUCUCGUUCCAUGUUCUCCUAGAGUUAGAACUGUUGCAAAUGCUGGCAUUAAUGGUCAAAAUUCUGGUAGAUGGGAUCAUUACAUUAGUCAAUUUGCUCAGUGGAAUGAAAAACCACUGAAUAGAAUUUAUUAUGUUGAUAGAAGAGAUGGCGUUGUGAAGGCAGACGAAAAGGGAAAAUUUUUAUACAACAAGUUGACUUGAUUAAUGAGGGUAAACUUCCACCAUCAAACAACAAGCAAGAAGCUUCUCAGGAUGCUGAUGAUUGUUUCCAUUUUUCAAACUCUCAAGUUCGAAUGCUGACUGGAGGGCAUGGUUCUGAGCGGUUGCUGUAACUAUUGAAACAACACCCUUAAUAAAAGUAGAACAAAAAAAUGACC